CUUGAAUCAAACAAACACCAACAACAACGGCGCUUCAUCUGUAUAAACCAAUGAACUUACUACUACUUACCACCUUCAUCAUCCUCAACCAUGUCUGCAUCGGAUAUUCAUCUCCGGCUAAUCCAUUAACCUCCGAUGAUCACCAACUCCAUAUACGAAAACUUCAAGAAUUCAAGCCAUCCUUCUGGCAAACUAAACCCGUUUCGACUUCUCGUUUGUAUGGCGUGAGCUUGUAUGGAGCAGACCCAACGGGGAAAACCGAUAGCACUGACGCAAUCCUUAGAGCAAUAUCCGACGCCGUGUCAGAAGAACGUGUUGGGUUGUUGAUGGACGGAAUCACCAACCACGGCGGCGUUCAAAUAAGUCUGGAAGGUGGGAUUUACAAGAUUAGCCGGCCGAUGAAGUUUCCGGUGGCGGGAGUUGGAAAUAUCGUGAUAUCUGGUGGGACACUAAAAGCAUCUCAAAAUUUCUCAACAAAUGGUUAUCUAAUAGAUUUAACAACUUUUUCAUCGUCUUCUUCAAACAAGAAUUACAAUUACGAGUACAUUACCUUAAAAGACAUAAUGUUGGAUUGUAAUUACCGAGGUGGAGGGAUUCGAGUAGUCAACUCUUUAAGAACAAGCAUCGACAAUUGCUACAUUACCCAUUUCACAACCAAUGGAAUCCUAGUACAAGGUGGCCACGAAACCUACAUUCGUAAUUCCUUCCUAGGGCAACACAUCACUGCAGGUGGCGAUUCCCACGAACGGGAUUUCUCGGGAAUCGCCAUCAAUUUAGCAGGAAAUGACAACGCUGUUACAGACGUUGUCAUUUUCUCGGCCGGAAUCGGAAUCAUGGUUUCCGGCCAAGCAAAUGUUAUCACCGGGGUCCACUGCUACAAUAAAGCAACAGGCUUCGGUGGUACAGGAAUAUAUUUAAAGUUACCCAGUCUUACACAGACGAGAAUCGUCAAUUCCUACUUCGAUUACACCGGAAUUGUGGCCGAAGAUCCCGUGCAACUUCAUGUUUCCGGUUGUUUUUUCCUUGGUGAUGCGUUUAUUGUGUUGAAAUCGGUUCAUGGUGUUAUGAAGGGAGUAAAUAUUGUAGAUAACAUGUUUUCGGGAUCAAAUAGAGGGAUAGAUAUAGUUCAACUAGAUCAAAAGGCUGGAGUAUUCAACAAUAUCGAUCAAGUUGUGGUGAAUAAUAACAAUGUGAGAGGGAUGAAUUUGAAGGCAACUAUUGCUAAACUUGCCAUGAAAGGUAAUGGCACCUUAUGGAGUGUAGACUUUAAUCGAAUAUUGGUUUUUCCACGACACAUAAAAUUUGUUCAAUACACAUUGAUGACACAAAGUAAUGUGUUUCCGAACUAUGUUUUACGUAAUAUUUCAAACAAUAAGGUGUUGAUUGAAUCGAAUGUAGCAGUUGAAGGUACGAUUUCUGUAACAGUGGAUCAAGGGUUGUCCAUAUAG